AUGCCCAGUUUACUGACUCAUGUGUACGUUUUGAUAAUAUAUACGAGUUGGGUGACGUUGCUAGCCAUGACUACAAACACAGUUUCCGAACCAGCUGGCGUUGCAAUAACAACGAUACUCUCCAUACUGGUCAUUGUAAAUGUUACCGGAAACUCUCUUGUUUGUGCUGCCAUAAUCAAACAUCACGAUAUGAGGACGCCUACGAACUAUUUGCUGGUCAAUUUGGCUCUGGCAGACAUCAUAGUAGCGCUAUUCAUUGCUCCUCAGUUUAUUCUUAUCCAUACUUUCAAGCAUCCUGGUGGCAUGAUAGGUACGGUGCUAUGUAAACUGCUCACUGGCGGGACCUUUAUGUGGUUGGGAGCAACUGCAUCAGCCUUUACUUUGGUCGUCAUAGCCUUUGAACGAUAUUAUGCCGUUUUGCAACCUCAUAGUAUCAAGGGAAAAAUGACAAACAGUAAACUCAAGGUAAGUGCAGCCGUUAUUAGAAAGAGACAGAAUCAUCACCUUAUUUAUAAGGAUGAGGGGAUGGAUUAUGUUUUAUGUCUGUUAUUCAUAGUUCCCACUAUUUGGAUGUCCUCAGCUCUACUGAACGCUCCCUCUUUUUUCACCAAAUACUUCAGUGAACAAGAUUAUUUUUGCACUCAACACUGGCCCGAGCAAUGGAUGGCUAAGGCCCAGGGCUUAACAUGGCUUCUGUUAGCUGCUGGUGCGCCGAUGAUUGCUAUGGGAGUUUUAUACUCAAGAGUCGUUUAUUCUCUGUGGAUAAAGCGAGAUGGCAGAACCAAUGGUUCUCAAAGGGGUGUAAUCAGAGUACGUAAACGCGUCACAAAAAUGGUUGUGACAAUCAGCAUUAUCUACGGACUGUGUUGGACCCCAGACAUCGUCAUCUUCGCUUUGAUCCUGUUCAGCUCCAAAUUCGCUUAUGGAGACGCUGCUGACAUCACUUCCAUCGUCCUGGUUGCAUGCAAUUCAACAGUUAACCCCAUCGUAUAUACCUACCUGAAUGACCAAUUCAGAAGUAAAAUCAAGGCGCUGUUAUGCGGCACUGGUGUAGUUAAAAACAGAGUUCACAUUGCUGCAAGACCACGAGAAGAAAUAUGUAGUCAGCCGCAGAAAUUUUCUGGGAACGUUCAGGCUAUAAGUUGCAGCGUGUAG